AUGACUUUGAUGGACCUCGCCAACAUGAGCUUCACUGCGAAUCCCAUAAAGGAAAAAGAUGACGAUAAGCAAAUGACCAGGGAAGAAGAAGCAUUGGCUGGAGCUUCCCUUUUGCGGCAUAUUCAUUCAAACUGGCGAUCGUGCGAUGAUGCUGGCAUUCCUCCACAGCUGUGCCUUUGCAUGGAUAAGAAGAUCCUGCAGUCAGAUGACUACACAAACGAUACUGAAGAAUAUGAGCUGAUGUUCGAGUAUGUGAAAGCGGAAAUCCUCCUCAACGAUUGUGUGGAAAAAGUGGAGCAAACUCCAGCACUUCGUAAAGUUGUCGUCUUUUCACUCAACGCGAUGGUACAGCACGGAGUCAGACAGGAGCAAGAUUGGCAUCGCGCGCGAAGUUCCUAUCGUGACUUGGGAAUGAAGUAUUUGGAGAUCGCUGUAAGAGUCUUCCCAUUUCGCAAAGGCACCGACAAAUUU